AUGCAGAAGAACUUCAUCCCUGUCAUCCUGAUUGACUGCGUGGAUCGAUUACACUGCAGCAAACUCGUCUUGCCCUUCCUUUACCCCAUCUGCAGCAACACCGAAGCUACGGGCGAAAAGAAUCAAUCCUCAAGCUGUGGUGUGCAAGAUGCUUUGUUCUUGCGGGAAUGCGUGAGAAACUUGCCCUGUGAGCGCAGGAUGGCAAGUCUGAGUGAGGCGCGCACUAUGUGCCAAUGGGCUGUGCGCAGGGCAACUGGCGGCUUUGACUUUCUGAGAAAGGAUUGGGCGAAGGCAAUUCGCGUGAUUCGGGACAGCUCAGAGAGAUUGAAAGAUGACCGAUCCUCUUGGGCUCUUUUUGAAGAGAUCGAGAGGGUUGUUGAAGAUGCCCUCCGCAUAGAGGAAGUACAAAAGCUCUCACUCGACCAGGUCCUGGUCAUCGAUGGAGACCGGGCAAAAGAAGCUGACGUCGAUACAUUGGAUGCAUAUAAGGGUAUGCCUCGCUCGCUGCUGGAGUUCAAGCCUCAUGGUGGCAGCGCGGUGCCCAUAGCCAGGAUCAAGGCCCUGUUUGCAGAACCUUUUUUCAUCGGCCACGAGGAUGGAAAGUUGUUCCUGGCCUUCCUGCCGGGUCAGCUGGUGAUGAACAACAUCAGCGAGAAACUCGCAAAGGCGUUGCUGUGGAUUGCAGUGAAGAAACUUUCACCUGAAGAUCAAGCACAGUUUCGGCAAAGCGACUACGGCUUCACAAACAAAGCAAGAACCUUCGUGGGCCAGCUACGGAUGGCGAUUCAAGCGACUAAAGCUGAAACAGGCGUGUGA